CUAGUGUCACUCUCUAAUCUCAACCUUAUUAUCAUAAAAAAAAAAAACAUAAUCAAAUCCUUCUCCUUCUACUUCUACUCUCUCAAACUCAAUACUAAGUUUUGUAUAUCUAUAAUCUAUACAUGUAUAUAUAAUAUAUGUAACUAUAUGUUUGUAAUGCAAUGAUUCCUUCCUCAUGAAGAAACGACAAAGUGAAAAUAGUUAUAUCAAUCUUUUUCUUUUCUUUGAUUGAAAAGAAUCUCUCUCUUUUUUAUCUAUUGGAUCUUCUUAGCUUUUUUCACCCUCUUCAUCUUUCUUGUAUGUUCUUAUAUUUAUGAUUCUCAUCUUUUUUUAGUCUCACUUCAUUAUGAUCACACUCACUCACACAUUAAAAUUUUAGCACACCAUGGUUUUGAUUAAGAUUCUAUAUGAUUCUAAAAGGUUUGAUUUUGAUAGAUUCUCAUCUUUAUCUUAAUCUUCACAAGUAAAAGAUUCUUAGUAGUUCAAUCAAAUCUCUAUAAUUUCUUCUUUUUUUUAGUAGUAUUAUUAUUUGUGAUUGAAGCUAUGGAUUUGGAAACCCUUUAUUCUCCUUAUUUUAUGAUGGAUCCAAGUUGGUUUGUUGAAGAGAGUCAUAACACAGAAUGGAGUAGAGAAGAUAACAAGAAAUUUGAAAGUGCUCUUGCUAUAUAUGAUAAUGAUACACCUGAUAGAUGGUUCAAGAUUGCUGAGAUGAUUCCUGGUAAGACUGUUUUUGAUGUGAUUAAGCAGUAUAGGGAAUUGGAAGAAGAUGUGAGUGAAAUCGAAGCUGGUAAUGUUCCGAUUCCGGGCUAUCUUGCUUCUUCUUUCACUUUUGAAGUUGUGGAAAAUCAGAACUAUGAUGGAAAUAGAAGAAGACAUGGAAGUGUUAGAGGUUCUGAUCAUGAGAGGAAGAAAGGUGUUCCUUGGACCGAAGAAGAACACAGACGUUUUCUGAUGGGACUUCUAAAAUACGGAAAAGGCGAUUGGAGAAACAUCUCUCGCAAUUUCGUCGUGACAAAGACUCCGACGCAAGUAGCAAGUCAUGCACAAAAGUACUACAUAAGGCAAAAGGUUUCUUCCGGAGGGAAAGAUAAAAGAAGACCAAGCAUUCAUGACAUAACAACUCUUAGUCUCACAGAAACUUCUUCUGCAUCAUCAGAUAAGAACAAACAAAAAAUGUGCUGGAGUAAUAAUAGUCACUACAAUGAUGGAUCACUUCAAGGGCAAGAUCUAUAUGAUUGCUCUUUUCAUGAAUCUUAUGCUAAGAUGAAAAUCCCCGGUUUCGCGACGGCUUCUAGAGACUUCAACAAAGGAGCUGUUUUUGGUAUUCAUGCACUUUAAUGUUGAUGACAUGAAGCUACCUGGUUCAUGAACAUCAUGAACCUUAAAAGCAGACUCCAAUAAUGUAUCAAUCUUUAAAUCUGAAUUUGGAAUGGACUUCUUUUGAUGUUUUUUUUUCUCACUUUGUCUUUUUAACUAUAAUAGUGAUUAUGUCUAUAUGAUUGUGAUUAUGUCUAUCUUUUGAAGGA